CUCCGUGCGCGCGUCUCACUCGCGUCUCACUCGCGCGCACUCACGAGAGGAGGAGGAGGAGGCGGCGGCGCCGCCACGCAGCACGCUCGCACUGCCGCCUUCUUCGGCGACACCAACACCAAAGAUCAUUCAGCGAGCAUAAACAAACCCCACCAGCAACCACAACCACCAUCAUCAUCACCACCACCACCAUCAUCACCACCAUCAUCAUCACCACCAUCAUCAUCAUCAUCAUCACCACCACCACCAUCAUCAUCAUCAUCAUCACUACCACCACCACCACCACCAUCAUCAUCACCACCACCACCAUCAUCAUCAUCAUCACCACCACCAUCAUCACCACCACCACCACCACCAUCAUCACUACCACCACCACUUUCUCUGGUGCAUCUGCGCAAUGCAAGCGUCGAGGCAGCGCCGUGUCGCUCAACGAUCCCUCGACUCCGCUGAGCGCCGAUUUGACUCGCGGAGUUCAGUGCGCACCACCGACGCUGCCAUGAUGGAAAGGAAAAUUGAACGUAUCGUUCACAACAGGGACAGCGUUGGACGCGACUUGCAGCGAACCCGAGACGUCUCCGCAAGGCAGCAGCAACGCAGCUGUGACGAAUAAUGUCAAGUGAAGAGAACCCUUGUGGACACAUCUACCACCUCGGACUCGUGUCGCGCUCCGUCGUUAAGGAACAAGUCAAAGUCAUCAUCGACGACCUCGAAAUGGUCCUAGGAGAGUUGAAAGACGUCGCAAAAGAGCUGAAGGAGGUGGUGAGCCAGAUCGACACGCUGACGGGCAGCCUCAAUCUUGACGAAGAGACGGACGAGUCCAAGUGCAGCACCCUCACCAGCUCCUCGAGUGGCGCCACGGGCUCCAGCGGAGGAGCCACGGUGCACCGGCUGAGCCGCUUCAGCACCACGGUCAGCGCCUUCGGCGGCGGCAGCAGCUGCAGCAGUAACAGCAGCAGCAGCACGGUACUGACUGUGCUGCGCCGGGCAAAGCCGCCCGUGCCGCCCCCCAGGACCACGCCCGUGUCGGUGUCGUCGUUGUCAUCGUCGUCGUCCUCCUCCUCGUAUCGAGGAGAGGUGGUCGCGGGGCAGGCCCAACACGCUUGCCUCCUUGUCAACGGGAGUCUGGUUCGCGUGCAGCAGCAGCAGCAACAUCAGCGGCAACAUCUGCAGCAUGUGCAGCAGGUGCACCAGGUGCAGCAGGUGCAGCAUGUGCAGCAGGUGCAGCAGGUGCAAAUGCCCGGCGGGUCUGGACAAGGGGUGACGGUGCCCAACGGAGAUGCCGCAGCAGCCUCUGGCGCCAGCGGCACGUCGGAGGUGGCUCGGAGGCUGCAGAAGUGCUCGCAGGUGCACCGGGUGAGCGUCACCAAAGAUGGCGAGGUGCAGAGCUCCGCGUCCAAGGAGCGCGUGAGGUUCAGCGACAUGGUGCAGUACCACGGCUUCGUCUACGACUCGGACCGCUCGGAGCAUCGCGUGCAGCAGCGAAUGCGGGUGCAGGAGACGCGGAGCAUCGCCGCGGCGGUGCAGCACAGACAUCAGUGUCCUGGGGGGGUGGUGCCCCUGGGUGGGACGGCCCCCUCCUCUGUGACCCUGGUCAGUAGCAGCAGUAGCAGCAGCGUGUUCUACCGUGCCAGCGAAAGCGUUGUUCGCUCCAGGGACGAUGCGAAGCCGCCGCCUAAAGCGAUCCUCCGCAAGUCGAGGAACACCACCGUCUAAAGGCGUCGGGGGGGGGGG